GACGCCUUCGAACCCUGCCCAGCUGCGCUUCGGAUUGGCUCGGCGGCCGGGACGGACAUGCGCGCUGAGCGGUUCUGAGGCCGGAUUGAAAGGGAGCCGGGGAGGGCACCCGGGGGCUCUUAAAGGGGCCGCGCUGCUGAAGGGACUUGAGGGAAAGGCUGUUGCGGGAGCAAGAUGAGUGAAUCCCUCGUGGUUUGUGACGUAGCCGAAGACCUUGUGGAGAAGCUGAGAAAAUUCCGUUUCCGCAAAGAGACGAACAAUGCUGCGAUUAUCAUGAAGAUCGACAAGGAUAAGCAGCUGGUGGUUCUGGAUGAAGAACAUGAGGGCAUUUCUCCGGAUGAGCUGAAAGACGAGCUGCCCGAGAGGCAACCUCGGUUCAUUGUCUACAGCUACAAGUACCAGCACGACGACGGGAGAGUCUCUUACCCGCUCUGCUUCAUCUUCUCCAGCCCCGUCGGGUGCAAGCCUGAGCAACAGAUGAUGUACGCCGGCAGCAAAAAUAAGCUCGUACAGACGGCGGAACUCACAAAGGUAUUUGAAAUCAGGAAUACAGAAGACCUCACUGAGGAGUGGCUGCACGAGAAACUUGGCUUCUUCCAUUGAAAGACUCUUUAAGCAUUCCAGCCUGGCGUGAACUGGAACCAGACACGGCGACUCCUCCUCCUCCUUUUUAGACCCACAAAGGAUGCACUGUAUUUAUAGUCGUUUCCUGCAGUGUGUGUAUGUAUGUACAUAUAUAUUUUUGUGCGUGCAAAGUUUAUACAAGCGUGGGGAGAUGCAGCAGUUCCUGCGUAACCAAACUUUGCCCAUGCGGUCGUUUUCCCUUCCCUCUCUUUAUUAACUGUUUUAAAAGGGAACAGCUCUCCUGCAGGGACAAUUCCACCUCCCCUCCCUCUUGUGACUAAUAUUUCUAUAUGGCUUAAUCUGGAACUCGUAACUGUGACAGGUAAUGUGGCACAGUCUCCCUCCAAGGAAGGCUUCCUGCGCAAGCCCCGCUUAAGAUGAAUGGGACCCUCUGUAUCAAUCUUGCUUGUGUCCGUGGGCUCUGUUUGCAGGAUGUUCCCAGUCAAAUGUGUAGCCUUUUCUUCCCCCUUCGCCUGAGCUGCAGAGGCAUCCUUGUUGGACAGAAACUGGACACUUAAUGGCUUGUAUGUGAAAACAGCAUUUUCUUAAGUGACUUGAAUCUUCUGGACAUAAAAGGGUUUAGAACCAAUCUCAAAUGCAAUUUUUCUGAAGUAUUAAUCACACACUCGCUUCUUCAGUUUUUCAGAAUGGACCGCUUCCUUUCCUCUUUAAAAUUCCAACGAUAUUCUCAGUUGAUCUUGCGUCAACAUAUUUCCAUUUCGGGUCAAAAGUUUGACCCUUCUAUUUUUCUUCUCUCUGUGUGUAGUAGAUAGUCCCUCUUUUUUUCUUUUACUAGUCCAAAGGGAAGUAGAUUUCUUAAAAAUAAUAAUCAAAAAAUCCGUAAGGGCUCAGUAACACUCUGGUGAACAUCCAUUCCUUAAGUCUUUGUACGCAGUUUUUAUUAACUGUUCUCUUGUCUUUUUUAUACAAGCACUUCUCUGUGUGCCUUUCUUUUCUUUUUUACAUUUCUUUAUCUCUCCAUUGAUUGUAAGAGAAUCUUAUGCUGCCAGUUUUUAAACACUAGACUUGAUACACACAGGCCGACUCUGCCUAAAAGAUGAGGGCACACGGUGUCUGAUCAAUUUCAUCUGGAGGGGCAGAUUCUGUGUCUGCUAUUGCCACGAUUUAAAGCGGGGUGCUUUGGCUGGUGAAAACCCAAAAAGAUCCAUGAAAACAAACCCUGCUCCUUAGUAUUUGAAUGUCCAGCACAGCUCUGUUCUGGGCUCCGUGACCCACGGGCAGGACUGUGUAAAACAUGCUGUGAUUCUGCAGGUAGCACACAUUCAGAAUUCCGCUUGCAGAAUUCCUGACCUGUUCCUCUUUCAAGCUAGUCUCUAUCCCACCUUGGUGCUCUCCAAAUAUUUUGUCCUACUUCUCCCCUUAAGCCUAAAACCAGCUAGCUCGGCGGUCAGGGAUGAUGGGAGUGGCAGCCCUAACAGCACUUGGAGGGCACCACGUUGGGGAAGGAAUGCCCCUAGCUCCUUGCAGCUGCAAAGGUGAGCAUGUCGGAAGCAUGUGGGGCAGUGCUGGCUUUCCUCUUUGAAAACAGCGAGGGAGAGGCAGGGUUUGGUGCCCUGCACAUUUCCUUCCUUUCCUCCUAGGGUUGAGUCAAUUGUGCGUAGGUCACAGCAGCCCACCUAUCUCGGCGCACAACUUGAAUUGCCUGGGUGCAGGACUCGGCGCUUGAGCUUUUAAUCGCCCUGCCUGCGGGAGGGGUUGGCAACAGAGAACACAGGCCUGGCCUGCCGGUGGAUUUUCCCUGUCUGUUCUGUACAGCCUUGACCUGCUCUUCUUAAGCUCUGGCAUGAGCAACCAUUCUCAGGCCACUGACUGGAUAUACUUUGCCCGCAUGGGCUCACCUCCCUCCCAGCUGAUCCAGCUCUAUACCUGGGGGCAGGUGUUGCUGAACGCAAAACAGCGCCUGCUUUAAGGCUGUUCCCUGCUACCCUGUCUGCGCUUUGGGGACUAGCUUAAAGUGCUUCCCUUUGAAGCAAGCAAUGGGUGGGUAGGAGAGAAAUAAUCUGCAUUGUACAGGUUCUUUUAACCUUUUCCCCUCUUGCUCGCUUAAAGGAGAAGGCCCUGCCCGUCAGCUGACAUCACCAGCUAUGUCAUCGGAUGGGUAAAUUGGGGACUGUUUGGGGAAAAUGAGCUCAUCGACCAGUGUCACCCUGCCGGCUGGAGGUUCCCCACUCCUCGACUACAAUUCCCAUCAUCCCCUGCCCAUUGGCUGGGGCCGAGUCCCUGCAACACCUGCACGGCCACAGGUUUGCCAUCUCUGUUCCAUUCCGCAGCAAGCGCUUCGCAUCAUUUCUGGAACAACGUUCUCCUGCAUGGCAGAGGGCAUCUAUAGAUCUCUCUUGGUGACACUAAAAUGUGAAAUCUCUUGUUGACUUCUGGGGGCAAACUGGCUUUUCACCUUUGGAUUGAGACGGCAGGAAACUCUUUUGCCUAGCGUUGCUUAAAACCGGGCAGGGCCACGAGUAGAUGGCUCUGGGUCGGGGGUUGCCAGGCAGCAAUCUCCUCUGUUUCCUGGGGCAGCAGGAAACUCAAUCGUCCUGGAUUUAGCCCACGGGCCAUAAAACUGCUUGCCCCUGCCUUGGAGAAUGGAGGGGCUGCCCUUCUUUUGCACCUUCCUGGAACCUUGCCCAGCUUGGCAAGAUAAUCAGGCAGUUUAGUUGCUGUUGGGUUUGAGCCCCUUCUGGGCUGCCUAAUCCUACAAGUUUUUGAGCUUGUGGAGCAGCUGAUGAUACAUCUGAGCUGUCAAAACACUUGAGAGCAGUUGACACUGGUGAUAAAAACAAAGCCUGGUAUUUUCCUUUUUCUUAACGUUUAGGAGACCUUAUUGUCCUUUUUGUAAGUGGCAUUAUUCUAAAUUGUUGUGCUGAGCAUCUUUCUUUCCUUCUUCUUUUUUUACUUUUAGACUUAAAUGACAAUCGUCUAACUUUGUUCAAUUCGGAAUAAUUAUUCCAGCCUUGGAUUUUUAGUUUUUGCAUACCUAUUAUCAACCGUGUUAAGAAAGACCAACACACAAACACACAAUUGGGGCGGGGCGGGGAAAACAGUCGACAUUCCCAUAAGAAAACUAUAAUUUUUCUAACGGAGUAAAUAAAUUAACCUUUCUAUUGACAGUGUGCCCUUUUUAAUAUGGUAGUAGUUUAGGAUUCCUCUUUGCUAGAGAUUAACAGAGUCUGCAAAAAUUACACUUUUUAAUAGUAUUUCGAUUUAUAAACUUGGAAAAGAUUUAUUGAGGAAGCAUUGCCUAAAGCUGCCCUGAGUUCCCCUGGUGGAAGAGCGUGGUAUAAAUGCAAAUAAAUAAUAAAGAGCAAUUUCCAUGGGGAGAAAACAAAAUGUGCCAUGGAAGUUCUCAUUCUCAAAUUGAAAAGCAGGCUGUAAAUACCUGAAAUAAAUCUUGUAUGCUCUGAA